CUCCAUUUCCUAGGCUUUACCCAUAUCAGCAAUCAGGAGUUGAUUCAAAAGCAGCAGCAAAUCAAAAGAGAGAGGGAGAGAGAGAGGAAAAAAAUGUCUCUUGUGACAGAAGAAAUCAGAGGCAAAGCAGAUGAAGUGUACCAUGGAGAUGAGAAGUGCCAAGAGAAAUCCAGAGACUUACUCAAAGAAAUAGGGCUUCCCAAUGGGCUUCUGCCCUUAAAAGACAUUGAGGAGUGUGGGAUUGUGAGGGAGACGGGGUUUGUUUGGCUGAAGCAGAAAAAGAGCACAACCCACAAGUUUGAGAAGAUUGGGAAGCUUGUUUCUUAUGCCACAGAAGUCACAGCCACUGUAGAGCAGAACAAGAUCAAGAAACUCACUGGGGUUAAGACUAAGGAGCUUCUGCUCUGGGUCACACUCAGUGAUAUCUAUGUUGAUGAUCCACCCACUGGAAAAAUCACCUUCCAGACUCCAACAGGGCUGUAUAGGACUUUUCCAGUCUCUGCUUUCCAGGUUGAAGAGCCAGUUAAGGAAGUGAGUGAGAAGAAGGAAGAAGUGGUGGGAGCUGUAGAAGUUUAGGAGGUCUAGUCUAGCUGCUUUUAUAGGGCUCUCUCAUAUGUAUUUCUUCUGAUUUUUACGUUUAAGAAACUCUCUUUUGUGGUUUCUGUUUUUUACUACUUAAUGGUACUAAAAUGAAAUGAAAAGUUUUAAUUGUCUU